UUGCAGUUCAAAGCACUCACGCGUUCUGGGGAUUGUACUUGGAGACUAGAAAGGAGCACUUUAUGGUUUCAUCCGACAGAGUUGAAAAGCAAACUUUCACCAGCUGGCUUGUUUUUGCCCUUUCAAGCGCGGACCCUCUUGCAGAAAACACACUCAUCCUCGGAGUCUUGUCAGAAGCUCAUGCGUAAAGACAAUCUCCAAGUCGGUUUUACGCACCGGACCGAAAGAGAAUCAGCUGUCGCUUUUCCUGUGCACUUCUCUCAGCUGAAAUACUUUUGAUCGAACUCAUCCUGGCAAGGUAAAGUCCUUUUAGAGGCUGUUCCUCUCGCGAGAAAGCAGAAAUAACUCCCCCCCCCGUUUCACGCGUAAUUUGGCACCAAACGGUUUUUCGUAUGAAUCUCCUCGACCCUUACCUGAAGAUGACGGAGGAACAAGACAAGUGUCUCUCUGACGCCCCGAGCCCGAGCAUGUCCGAGGACUCCGCGGGCUCCCCGUGCCCGUCCGGCUCGGGCUCCGACACCGAGAACACCCGGCCGUCCGAGAACGGGCUGCUCAGAGCGGACGGAGACUUCAAGAAGGACGAGGACGAUAAGUUCCCCGCUUGCAUCCGUGACGCCGUGUCCCAGGUGCUCAAGGGCUACGACUGGACCCUCGUGCCUAUGCCAGUGCGCGUUAACGGAUCUUCUAAGAACAAGCCUCACGUUAAGAGACCGAUGAAUGCCUUCAUGGUGUGGGCUCAGGCUGCACGGAGGAAGCUGGCGGAUCAGUACCCACACCUGCAUAACGCGGAGCUCAGCAAAACUCUGGGGAAACUCUGGAGACUUCUCAACGAAGGGGAGAAGCGGCCGUUUGUGGAAGAGGCUGAGAGGCUCCGGGUGCAGCACAAGAAGGAUCACCCGGACUACAAAUACCAGCCCCGGCGGAGAAAGUCUGUGAAGAACGGACAGAGUGAGUCUGAGGACGGCAGCGAGCAGACGCACAUUUCCCCCAAUGCCAUCUUCAAAGCUCUCCAGCAGGCGGACUCCCCGGCCUCCAGCAUGGGAGAGGUGCACUCUCCGGGUGAGCAUUCAGGCUCCCAGGGGCCCCCUACCCCUCCCACCACCCCAAAGACUGAUGUCAACUCAGGCAAGAUGGACCUAAAGCGUGAAGGUGGCCUCCGCUCUCUGCCCGAUGGCCCCGGAGGGCGCCAGCUCAACAUCGACUUCCGCGAUGUGGACAUCGGUGAGCUGAGCAGUGACGUCAUCUCCCACAUUGAAACCUUUGACGUCAACGAGUUCGACCAGUACCUCCCGCCUAACGGGCACCCUGGCUCUGCCAGCGGCCCUGGCAACACCACGCCGGUCAGCUACACCGGCACCUACAGCAUCAGCAGCGGCGCCCCGGUCAGCCCGCAGGCAGGAGGCGUCGCAGCCUGGAUGGCUAAAAGCCAAAACCAGCAGGGACAGCAGCAGCAGCAUACCCUCACCACCCUGGGGAGCAGCAGCGGCAGCUCAGAGGCGGCUCAGGCCCAGCACAGGACCCAGAUCAAGACAGAGCAGCUGAGCCCGAGCCACUACAGCGAGCAGCAGGGCUCCCCGCAGCACGUCGCCUACAGCCCCUUCAACCUGCAGCACUACAGCCCCUCCUCCUCCUACCCGGCCAUCUCCAGGGCGCAGCAGUACGACUACCCCGACCACCAGGGGGGCGGCACCACCGCAGCCUCCUACUACAGUCACGCGGGGGCGGGGCAGGGCUCGGGGCUGUACUCGACUUUCAGCUACAUGAGCAGCCCCAGCCAGAGGCCAAUGUACACGCCCAUAGCUGACAACACAGGGGUGCCCUCCAUCCCUCAGAGCAGCCCGCAGCACUGGGAGCAGGCUCCGGUUUACACCCAGCUCACCAGGCCCUGAGCAUGACUAAGAGACAACACACUCAAACAAUGACAUGUACAGCCAUACACACCGAACACACACACACACACACACACACACACACACACACACACACACACACCACACACCCAAAACACUUUACUCCAGGGAGAGCUCUUCCUCCGGAGCUGCUCCCUGAAUCAGACACUUGAAUUCGAAGAAGAGGAGAGCUGGACUUGUGAUUGGCUCACGUCGUGCCUUGCUAUUGUAUCUUUGAUAGAAACUAUAUAUAUUUUUAGAGAGAUGAAAAGACUUAGAAAAAUCCUCUGUGAGGACUAUUUGAUUGUCGAUAUUUCAGUAGGUACUGUGUAUGUUUCUUUUUGGUUUGUUCUUUUCCUUCAUACGCUGGCAGUUUGUAACCCAUGGGGGUGGGAAGGGAAGGGAGGGGAGGGUUUGGGUAAUUAUUUGUACCUGUAGAUAUAAAACAAAAAGCUUUAUAUUUUAAACAGUUCAGCAACUAACCACUCAUGGUAGUGCCGUAUCUGGUUCUCUGUCCCAUUGCAUACAAGGAUCUCUGUUUGUUGUUUUUGUUGCUUACUCUUUUCUGUGCCAUUCAGCAAGUAUGGUUUGUAUUUAAGCUGUUGAUUUUUUUUUCUCAAGUUAUGUGUCACGAUUGUUGGAAAAGCUAUUAGGCAAUACAGAGAACGAGAGGAGAGACUUGGUUUCACAAUGCUGUGCUGUCUUGACGGGGGGACUGCAGCCCUUUCCACCAUCCGUGCCUUGGAUUUUUUACAUUUUCUCUGACUUUUUGUAUGCGUGUGUGCGCGUGUGCAUGUGUAUGUGUGUGUGUGUGUGUGUGUGUGUGUGUGUGUGUGUGUAUCGUGGGUGCGUGUGCGUGCAAUGGCCACAGCUGAGAUUACACUUAACCAUCCAACAGCGUGUGUUUGACAGCUACAGGAAGUCACCUUUGACCCCCUUGGGUGUCCCCCUGCAGUCUCCCUCCCACCAUGCUGGUGUCCAAAACACCCUCCCCUUUUACCCCCUUCCCCUUUGGUCAAAUCCAGUUUAAAACUUUAUUUAUUUAUUAGCUUUAAUUUUAUUUCAAAGUAAUUAUUUUGCAUACUAUUCUUAUAACUAAUGAAUUGUCCUCUUUGAAAUGUAGACGGCAUAUAAUUUCCCCUUUUUUUUUUAAAUUUUGGUUUUCAACCCAGGGGGUACUUAGACAAAAUGGUACACGCUGUAAUCGUCUUUUUUUGGUUUAUUUAUCUUAUGUAAAUGUCUAUUUUAAGUAUGUAUUUGCCUUUUUCGGAGGGUCGGGGGGGAUUAUCUAACGAAAUGUGUACGGAUUAUUUGUUAUUUGUGAAUUUCCUUUGAGUUGGACUUUAAACUAUGGCUGAAAGAACUGGAAAACGUUAUCUCAGUUACAAGGUUUUUUACAGUUUUUCUGUUUGCCUUCUUUGUUUGUGCGAUCACCAGAGGGACCAUCCAUCCUUUCUGCUCUGCAAGCUCCAUUUCCUUUUCUCUCAAUAUCAAAGAACUGAUGUUCCCAGUACUCUUAUUUCUUCUGUGAUGUUGCCAUGUAUUUGUACGGUCUUAAAAGAAUCUUUUGUAUAUGUAUUUGCAAUAAAAAAAAGAAAAUGCUAUUAAAAA